AAAAUUUAUUUUGUUUGCAAAAUAGCAUUCAUUUGUUUAUCUGUGAAUUAAAAGUUUGACAUUUUAUGUGUGUCUAUUAUUUUUCUUAUCAAUGUCCUGAAAUUCUGCAUCUAAAUAAAAUUGAAAGGUGAACAACUUUUUUCACAUUAUCAAGACAAUUAUCUGAUGGAAGAGAAUCAAGAGGCUCAAAAAUUUAUACCAGGUCCUCCACAACUUCCCCCUUUGUAUAAAGGGCAGAAGAUAAAAACAGGGCCAUACACUACUACAGUUACGGAUGAAAUGGUAGCACAAAGAGAAAGGGAGAACGAACAAUUAUACAGAGCUUGGCGUGAACAACAGCGAAGAAGAGCAAUGGCGCUAGAUGAUGAUGAUUCAGAAUAUAUGGGCGACUUUAAAGAUGACACAGUGAGAAGAAGUUUUAUUAGAAAAAUUUUCUGUAUAUUAACAUUUCAAUUACUAUUUACCUCUGGCAUCAUUGCGGUCUUUUUGUUUGUGGAUGCUGCCAGAAAAUUUAUGAUAAUUCAUUGGUAUAUGUGGAUUAUAGCUAUGAUAUGCUUCACCAUUUCUUUUUGCGCUAUAUCUAUAUCUGAAAGAGCUAGACGGACUCCACCUUUCAAUUAUAUAUGGCUAACUAAAUUGACACUUUCUAUGUCAUAUUUAGCUGCUUUUGUAUCAGUCUUUUUAGAAGUUGAAGUAAUAUUGAUGGCAUUAGGUAUGACAACUUUAAUUACAUUAGGAAUAGGUCUUAUCGCAACAUUUUCUAAGUUUGAUUUAACAAUGAGAACAGGACUGUUGAUGAUCUUUGGACUGGCUUCUGUUGUUUCAAUUUUUGUGAUAAUGAUAGUUCUGCUAUUUACAUAUAUAAGAGUGUUACAUAUAAUAAUCUCAGUUAUAGGAAUGAUUUUAUUAUCAAUGUACUUGUAUUUUGAUGUGCAAACAAUUAUGGGUGGAAGAAGAAUAGAAUUAAGUCCGGAUGAAGUUGUAUUUGCAACAGCACAAAUUUAUGUUGACAUAGUACUGUUAUACCAAUACGUGUUAUUGUUUAUGGCAAGGGCAGUAUUACAAUACAAAGCAGAGAGGAAGGUUUUAGACAUGCAAGUGAUUAGUGUACCCUAUAGAUAUACAGGAAGAGGUUUAGCUCGCUUGCUUACAGAGACUGCAUUUACAUAUGUUGUUGUGAAUUAUUUAUAUAUGUACUUGACAUGUGAGUACAUGCAGAAGUAUUAUCUUGCAAUUAAGAAUCCAGCUCUUGAAGAAUAUAUUGUUGGACCACCACAUAUUUUAGAAGGACCUGAUUCAGAACCCUUAGACCCUGACAUUAUAUAUGAAUUACCUGAUCCAGAAGAUUUUUUGAUAUAUUCUUCUUAA